CUGUCGCCUAAUUAUAAGUCAGGGACAAUUACGGACCUACGCGUACCGGGUAGCUAGCUAUCUUGUACCCAACUAGUCUGAAGCAACUGUUGAUGUGUAGUCAAUCCAGAGAGACGACCAACCAUGACUUCUCUGGGGGGCAGCAGUUCCUCAGCCACAGAAUACACGGUGCGAGUCCCCAAAAACACCAGUAAGAAGUACAACAUCAUGGCUUUCAAUUCAGGAGACAGAGUCAACUGUUCAACUUGGACACAGGCUCGCAUGGAAAGAGACAUGAGUGCUCGGCGGAUAUAUGGGGAGGAAGAGUCAGCGGAAGGGGCGGCUGGCAGUGAGUUUGGCAAAAAGCACCGCGAGGAAGCCCGGCGGAAGAAGUAUGGUAUUGUGACACGUGAAUUCAAAGGGGAGGACCAGCCCUGGAUUCUCAAGGUCAAUGGCAAGGCCGGCAAGAGGUUCAGAGGUCUGAAGAAGGGCGGUGUUACAGAAAAUGCAUCCUACUACAUCUUUACACAGUGUCCAGAUGGAGCCUUUGAGGCUUUCCCUGUCCACGGCUGGUACAACUUUACACCGCAGUUCAAGCACCGAACUCUCACUGCUGAGGAGGCUGAGGAGGAGUGGGGCAGAAGAAACAAGGUGGUGAAUCACUUCAGCAUCAUGCUUCAGAGACGGUUCCGGGAGCAGGAGCGUGGUGGUGAGGAUGAUGACGACGAGAACGAGAAGUCGGGGAAGAAGAAAAAGAAGGGGGGUGGGAGAGGGGGCGACCUGCGCAUUCACGACCUGGAAGAGGACCUGGAGAUGAGCAGCGAUGACAGUGACAGCAGUAUGGGGGACGAUGGAGAGGGCAAGUCAAAGGCGAAAAAAGCCACGGGGAAAGGGAAAGCAAAAAAAAAGAAGAGAAAGAGCAGUGACAAAGAGGCCUUGGAGGACAGCGAUGACGGUGACUACGAGGGUCUAGAGGUGGAUUACAUGUCCGAUGAAAGCAGCAGUUCAGACGAAGAGCUCGAAAAGGGAAAGUCCAGCAAAGGAGAGCACCACCCCAAAGGGAUCGAUGAGGCGUCUGAAAGUGAGGAAGAGAGUGAGGAGGAGAAACAGAAUGAAGAGGAAGCAAAAGACGAGGAGGAAGAAGAAGAAGAAGGAAAGAAAACCCCGGUCCAACCGGAAAAGAAAAAGAAAAAAGACAGCAGCGGCGAGUCGGAAAGCUCCGAGGACAGUGACAUCGAGGGAGAGACAGCCUCCGCUCUGUUCAUGAAGAAGCGCACGCCUCCUAAACGUGGAGGACGUGGCUCUGCGGGCAGCUCCAGGACUGGCAGUCGACCCGGGACACCAUCCAUAGACUCUGCCUCCACCUCCAAUACACUCAGUGCUGCUGCCAGCAAGCUAGAGCAAGGUAAGAGACCGACUCUGGGUCCUAGCACUGACUCGCCCGCUGCCAAAAGACUGAAGAUGGAGCCCAGCAGUCAGAGCCCUGUUCCCUCUGGGAAGAGUACGCCUCAACCCCCGUCAGGCAAAUCCACUCCUAGCUCAAGUGAUGUGCAGCUAACAGAGGAAGCGGUCCGGCGUUACCUGAUCCGUAAACCCAUGACCACCAAAGACCUGCUGAAGAAGUUCCAGACCAAGCGCACAGGUUUGAGCAGUGAGCAGACUGUCAACGUGCUGGCACAGAUCCUGAAGCGUCUCAAUCCGGAGCGCAAGAACAUAAAUGAUAAAAUGCACUUCUACCUCACUGAGUAACUGGUGGAAGAGGUACUUAGCACCAUGGUUGGAAAGGAUGGAGAAGGGAAGGGGGGGGAAGGGCUGAAAUGUACCUCUUUGGUCAGGAAACCAUGGAACCCCAUGGAGAGGUCUUGUGUCUGAUUUAAACCAGUUGUCCUGUGACACGCCACAGGAUCUGAAGCCGAAACUGUCAUCACAGGUGGCAUUUAUCAAAAAGUAUUUUGUCAAGCCUCCUGCAUUUGUUUUUCAUGCCCUGAAAUUUCACAUUAAAUAAUAGAAGCCUUGUUAUUGUUGAGUGAAAAACAACUGGAAAGCUAAGUUUUUCUCAUGUAUGACCAUUUACAUCUAGAACU